UCCGCCGCCCGAGGAGGAAGCGCGGGCGCCGGCGCGGCUGUCAGUGCGCGAGGGGCCCGCUGCGCGCCCGAGGCUCCGCUCGGCUCCGGCCCGGCUCCCGGCUCCCGGCGGCGGCGGGCGCUGGGGGGACCAUGGCGGACGUCUUCUCGGCCAACGACUCGGCGGCGCCGCAGGAUGUGGCCAACCGCUUCGCCCGCAAAGGAGCGCUGAGGCAGAAGAACGUGCACGAGGUGAAGAACCACCGCUUCAUCGCCCGCUUCUUCAAGCAGCCCACCUUCUGCAGCCACUGCACCGACUUCAUCUGGGGAUUUGGGAAACAAGGCUUCCAGUGCCAAGUUUGCUGUUUUGUGGUUCACAAGAGGUGCCAUGAAUUUGUCACUUUUUCCUGUCCGGGUGCGGACAAAGGGCCCGACACUGAUGACCCCAGGAGCAAGCACAAGUUCAAGAUCCACACCUACGGGAGCCCCACCUUCUGCGAUCACUGCGGGUCCCUGCUGUACGGGCUCAUCCACCAGGGCAUGAAGUGCGACACCUGUGACAUGAACGUGCACAAGCAGUGCGUGAUCAACGUGCCCAGCCUGUGCGGGAUGGACCACACGGAGAAGAGGGGCCGUAUCUACCUGAAGGCCGAGGUCACCGAGGAGAAGCUGCACGUCACAGUACGAGACGCAAAAAAUCUCAUCCCUAUGGAUCCAAAUGGGCUUUCAGAUCCUUACGUGAAGCUGAAGCUUAUUCCUGACCCCAAGAACGAAAGCAAACAGAAAACCAAAACCAUCCGCUCCACACUGAACCCCCAGUGGAACGAGGCCUUUACGUUCAAGUUAAAACCUUCAGAUAAAGACCGACGACUGUCCGUAGAGAUCUGGGACUGGGACCGAACCACAAGGAACGACUUCAUGGGGUCCCUCUCCUUCGGCGUCUCGGAGCUGAUGAAGAUGCCGGCCAGCGGCUGGUACAAGCUGCUGAACCAGGAGGAGGGCGAGUACUACAACGUGCCCAUCCCCGAGGGCGACGAAGAGGGGAACGCGGAGCUGCGGCGCAAGUUCGAGAAAGCCAAGCUUGGCCCUGCUGGCAACAAAGUCAUCAGUCCUUCUGAGGACAGGAGACAGCCUUCCAACAACCUCGACAGAGUGAAACUCACCGACUUCAACUUCCUCAUGGUGUUGGGCAAAGGCAGCUUUGGGAAGGUGAUGCUCGCAGACAGGAAGGGCACGGAGGAGCUGUACGCCAUCAAGAUCCUGAAGAAGGACGUGGUCAUCCAGGACGACGACGUGGAGUGCACCAUGGUGGAGAAGCGCGUGCUGGCCCUGCUCGACAAGCCGCCGUUCCUGACGCAGCUGCACUCCUGCUUCCAGACGGUGGAUCGCCUCUACUUCGUCAUGGAGUACGUCAACGGCGGCGACCUCAUGUACCACAUCCAGCAAGUAGGGAAGUUCAAGGAGCCGCAAGCCGUGUUCUACGCGGCAGAGAUCUCCAUUGGUCUGUUCUUUCUUCAUAAAAGAGGAAUCAUUUACAGGGACCUGAAGUUAGAUAACGUCAUGCUGGAUGCGGAAGGACACAUCAAGAUCGCGGACUUCGGGAUGUGUAAGGAGCACAUGAUGGACGGGGUCACCACCAGGACCUUCUGCGGGACCCCGGACUACAUCGCCCCGGAGAUAAUCGCUUAUCAGCCGUAUGGAAAGUCCGUGGACUGGUGGGCCUACGGCGUCCUGUUAUACGAGAUGCUGGCCGGGCAGCCUCCUUUUGACGGCGAGGACGAGGACGAGCUGUUCCAGUCCAUCAUGGAGCACAACGUCUCGUACCCCAAGUCCCUGUCCAAGGAGGCCGUGUCCAUCUGCAAAGGGCUGAUGACCAAGCACCCCGGGAAGCGGCUGGGCUGCGGGCCCGAGGGGGAGCGGGACGUCCGGGAGCACGCCUUCUUCCGGAGGAUCGACUGGGAGAAGCUGGAGAGCAGGGAGAUCCAGCCGCCCUUCAAGCCCAAAGUGUGUGGCAAAGGAGCCGAGAACUUCGACAAGUUCUUCACGCGCGGGCAGCCCGUCCUCACGCCGCCCGAUCAGCUGGUCAUCACGAACAUCGACCAGUCUGAUUUUGAGGGGUUCUCGUAUGUCAACCCCCAGUUCGUGCACCCCAUCCUGCAGAGCGCAGUGUGAAGCUCAGCCCCGAGAACAAACGCCUCCCCGCCCCCGCCCCCGCCCCCGGCCGUGGGAAACGAUCCUCAACCCUAAAGUUUGAAGGCCACAGGCUUGCUUCUUACUCCAGGGGGAGGCCUGAAAACGGUAGGGUUAUGAGUCCAAACGCGGUCAGCUGUUAGGGCCUCUCACAACCAGGAGCGUCACCUGCGCAGAAGGUGAUGUCGUGUGCGGCGUCCCCAGUGUCACUGUGUGGAGGUCACAUCUGGCGGGAGCGUCACCCCGGCUGGAAAGCAGACCGACUCUGCCCCCUUUUUUUCGGUACAAUCUGACAUGUUUUCUAAAGCCUCUGUUGAUUCUCCCCCUGCGACUCCCCCGACCAGACAUGUUCAAGUGAACCCGCCCCGGUCCAGGGGCCCGGAAGCCCCUCUACCCAAGACGUCUUUGGAAUAAAAGAACAGGGAGCCCGGAGAGGGAGCCAGGCAGGGCGGGGGGUGGGGUUGGGCUUCGGGAAACCCGCGGCUUGUAUUCUCUGCCCCGAAGGACACGGUCCCCAGAGCCCGAGAGUUCGGGAGGAACCCGGUCCCGUUGGCAAGCUCACCGUUCCCAGACGCUGACCGUCGGGACCCACGCGUGGCCACGCUCCAGCGGUGACCCGUUUAAAAGCGAGGACGGAAACCUCAGAUGCGUGUUGGGGGCGUGGGUCACCUUGUACCCUGCUUGGUUGGUAACCGUCUUGAUGCUUGCAUUUCCUUUUAAGAGGCCAAAUCGUCUAAGGACUCCGCUGAAUGAGCACGUGAAACCAGGUCAGAUCGAGGGCAGCCCCGCGCGCGUGUGACCUCACUGAACCUCUGGGAGGUCAUUCCGGAUCCAGGGUGCCAUCCGCCGUCAUGCCA